GUCCACGCGUAUCUGUAGCAGAAUCGUUCCUGUCAACCGAUUCCGCGUGGUUGUAUGCAAUGUCUAAGCUACGUGACGUAGACGGCAAUUUGCUCCAAAACCGCCCGUCCAAAGGCGCAACACUGAAGCUGAUUUCAUCGCCCACUACUAAAGUAGGGAUCAAUUCUAAAGAUCUAUAAAUCUGCUCGGAAUAUCUUAAAUCCUAUACUUGGCGGGAUCUAGACUCUGAUCCGGCCAUUCCUUAGGUACCGACGAAAUUGACCCCGUCCCGCCCAUCAAAAGCCCCUAUCGAAAGAGCAUUCAAUCCGCCAUGAUCCCCAUCGCCGCCAUCGGCGCAUACUACAUCGACACGAUCCUCACCGUCCCCCACUACCCCUCCGAAGACGCCAAACAGCGCGCCUCCACCCUGACCAAACGCCCCGGCGGCAACUGUCCCAACACCCUCUCCGUCCUCUCUCAACUCCUCCCUAGAGCCCCUACCCACUCCUCCCCGCUGCCGCUCAAGUUCAUCGGCGUCCUCCCUGCGCCGACGUCACCCGCAUCGGACUUCAUCCGCGCGUCGUUCGAUGAGUUGGUGGAUCUAAGUGGAUGUAUUUACCGCGAAGGGGAGAUGGAGGCGGCGGCAAGUUAUAUUGUGAGGAGCGAGGAGAGCGGGAGUCGGACGAUUAUCAAUUUUAAUCCGUUGGGCGAGAUGGGGGUGGGGGAGUUUAGGGAGGGGGUAGGGGGGAUGGGGAAUGUGGGGUGGUGGCAUUUUGAGGGACGGAUACCGGAUGUUACGUUGCAGUGCGUGCGAUAUCUAAGGCAAAGCCCAGAGACCCGGCAUGCGAAGAUCAGUGUUGAGGUGGAGAAACAAGGCCGCGACGGGCUUCAGGAGUUGGCGAAGGAGGCGGACGUGGUAUUCUACUCGCAUGCUUGGGCAAAGAAUCAGGGACACGAUGACCCGGAAGCGUUCUUACGGUGGCAGGCGUCCGUCUGUUCCAGGCCAAAACAGCUAUUGUUCGUUACUCUAGGUGAUCAGGGUGCCGCGGCGCUGGAUGCCGACCACGCCGAGUAUUUCCACAGGCCCGCGAAGUUGGGCGGAAGCAAAGUCGUUGAGUGCGAAAUCCUAUUCACUGUGGGCGCCGGCGACUCCUUCAUUGCAGGGUUGAUCUAUAGCUUAAGCUAUCAUGAUGAGUGGAACCUAGGGGCGACAUUGGAGUACGCCAACCGACUUGCAGGGCUCAAAGUCUGUCAGGAGGGAUUUGAGGGGUUGGGAAUGAAGAUGGGAGACGCGAACUUGGCAUGGAGGUGA